CCAAAAGUUGAAAAGAAGUGUCUAAAGAGAGGAAAAUUCAAGUGCCCAUAAUUUCAACCCAGAGACGUUCCUUCACCCAUCUCAAGACGGAAUUAUGGCUCACACUUUCUACUGGUGUAUGCCUGGAUUGAAAGAUGACAAUGGUUUUUAGCUAUGGACGAGUCAAGUCUGCGCAGCGUGGUCGUGAACCCAAAUGACCAGUCACAGUCAUCUAACUGUUCACCAUUGAUUAUGGUUCUAACUGGUCGCCAUUGAUUAUGGUGCGCUUAUAGUUGGGCCUUCAUCUCACUAUGAGCAAAAAUUCUCUUGAAGGAACCUGCAUUAACAAUUAACAAAUAUUCUAAUUUGUAAUUGCAUCGCAGUCAACGUAGUUAAGUAUGAUUGCUUUUUUUUUUUUCAUCCGCAGCCGGCACUGGAUGAAAUUUUAUUGGGGUUUAUAUCAUAUCCUGACCUACCAAAGAAAAUUCAUUCCAGUUGUAUUCAUACGCAACACCAUUUUUCAAGUUAUUAUGGUAUUGGAGACUUGGAGAAAGUUCUUUUUGAUGUCUCCUCACACAUGGUGGGUUCCAUCUUCAAAUUAGAUAAUUAAGAAAUUUGAGAUUCGUAUUUAGUAGUUGGUCUGUUUUUGUUGUGUUGGAAAAGGAGCUCAACAAUGUGGCUAUUUUGUCAACUCUACCCCACUUCUUGGAGCAGUUGGGAAAGCAUUUUUGUCUUUUUAACAACUUUCUCGCUACCAUACUGUUUUUUUUUUUCACCAUUAAUCUCGUCUUGCCUCCCAACUUUUCCAUCUAUCUAGUUCUAAAAUGACUAGUUAUUUGACAUAACGUGAGUAUAGAAUCAAAUUAUAGUGUAAUAAGGGAGAAUUGAAAAGCAUUGAGCUUCUUAUCAAAUUAAGAAAGGUUCAAAAGAUCCUGAUUCUUGCAAUUACACAUUUAACAUCUUACAUGUUAAGUUCAGUGACCAAGAAAUUGCGCCAGCUCUGCUCAAGGAUAAGUUGGCUGAUAUGGAAACGUCCAAGGCCAAAAGUUAUCAUCAGAAGGUUUGGAAAAACCCCCAAAGAUCGAUGUAAAUGGAAACCUGGCAUCCAUAAAUCUUCUCCUCAUCUAAACCGCAAACGAGAUGAUCAAGAAUCCAGUGAAAGGCCGAUUCGAAUUGCCACAUUCAAUGUGGCCAUGUUCUCUCUUGCACCUGCAGUUCCAAAGGCUGAGGAAGCAGUUGUUUGCCGCCAAGAACAUGAAGAUUUUAUGAUGUUCAAGAAUUCAGUGGAGAUGGAUACUCAAGCCAAGUCUGUGAACUAUCAUCCCAAGAGUAUUCUCAAGCAGUCUCCCUUGCAUGCCAGCCUGAGAAGUCCUGAGCAACUAUCCCCGCAAAAGAAGAACUCGAUAUCCAGACGGAAGGUUUCCAUUAAUCUUCCUGAUAACGAGAUUUCAUUAGCACAUGGUAAAUUACUUGGCUUUAUGGAAGAUGAAAGAGUGGGAUCAUCAAAUAUUAUUGCUAGCAGAAACUAUAGAAGCAGUGUGGUGUUGAGGUCCCCCGUGUGCCUGCCUGCCAAGUUUUUGACUCAGUUUACAAAUGAAGAGAACUUGAAAAGCAGCAGAAGCAUCUUGGAAGUGCUUAGGGAAGUGGAUGCUGAUAUUUUAGCCCUGCAAGACGUCAAGGCAGAGGAAGAGAAAGCUAUGAGACCUCUGUCUGACUUGGCUGCUUCCUUGGGGAUGAAAUAUGUGUUUGCUGAGAGCUGGGCACCAGAAUAUGGAAAUGCCAUUUUAUCUAAGUGGCCAAUUAAGAGGUGGAGAGUUCAGAAGAUUGCCAAUGAUGAAGAUUUCAGGAAUGUGCUAAAGGCCACAAUUAGUGUUCCAUGGGCUGGAGAAGUAGACUUUUACUGUACACAACUUGACCAUUUGGAUGAAAAUUGGAGAAUGAAGCAGAUAAAUGCAAUAAUACAAUCAAGCAACUCUCCACACAUAUUGGCAGGAGGUCUCAACUCUCUCACUGGAUCAGAUUACUCUCCAGACAGAUGGAUGGACAUUGUCAAGUACUAUGAGGACAUUGGAAAGCCAAGGCCAAAAAUCGAGGUAACCAACUUUCUAAAAGGAAAAGAGUACAUAGACGCGAAGGACUUUGCAGGGGAAUGUGAGCCAGUGGUAAUCAUUGCCAAAGGCCAAAAUGUUCAAGGAACGUGCAAGUAUGGCACACGAGUGGAUUAUCUUUUGGCAUCUCAAGGUUCGCCAUACAAGUAUAUUCCAGGAUCAUACUCGGUGAUUUCAUCAAAAGGUACCUCUGAUCACCACAUAGUUAAAGUUGACAUUGUGAAAGCAAGUAAGAGUCAUCAAGAGAGUGCUGCUAGGCAAACCCAGAAAGCAAAGCAGAAAGUUUUUCGGAUAACAAAUCCUUGGCCUUCAAAGGGUAUAUGGAAGUUAAACACCUGAGAUUUCUUCUUAGAAAAUUAUUCUUUUCAAUUGCUACUGUCUCCUAUAUAUUUUAGUGCAUUAUUUGUAAAUCACAGUACUUUUUGACAGAACAAAAUUGUAUCUCAUGUAGAUCCAUAGUAACUUAAUAUAAGAAACCUUUUUUGCUGCUA